UUCAAAACCUUGUAUAUUACCGUUUAGUAGUUUGCAUGAUAUUACCGAGUAUGUACCAAAAUACCCCUUAAAUCCUAGCGUUAGCAGGCGAAGCCAAAAUAACCGACGCCCCAAAACACACCGCGCCGGUCCAUUUCCUAUUUCCCUGUUCCCAGCCGGUCAUCCCCCUCUCAACCCUCAGGCUCAGCUGUCCCUCCCUUGGCUCCUUCGUCCCUCUGCUGCCCUCCACAUUCCGAACCCUAACCGCCACCCGCCCCAACUCCACCGUCGAUUGAGGAGCGACGACGAUGAUUUGGCUGUAGUGACGACCUCAUCACUCUACGGAAGAGGUCAUGGCUACCAAGAAGAUAAUUGCAAUAUGUCAGUAUGGAGGUCAGUUUAAAACUGACAAAGAUGGUUGUUUGUCAUAUAAAGGCGGUGAUGCUCAUGCUAUUGACAUUGAUGAUCAAAUGAAAUUCAACGAGUUCAAAGGGGAAGUAUCAGAAAUGUUUAAUGUCAAUGCUGAUAGCAUGUCCGUAAAAUAUUUCCUUCCCGGAAAUAGGAAGAUUCUUAUUUCAAUUUCCAAUGACAAGGAUCUCCAAAGAAUGGUUAAGUUUCAUGGGGAUUCGAGUAUUGUUGACAUCUAUAUCCUUAUAGAUGAGCUAGUUGCCCAUGAGGUGUCAAACAACAUGCCUGCCAGUAGGUCAAGCAGAACUACUUUGUCUGAAACAGUGGUGCCAAUCAAUACCUCUCCAACACUUGAUGUUAUGCAUGAUGUCAUAGAUGACACCAUCCAGCCAAUGAUUCCAAUCGAUGCUCCACCUGACGGUGUUGAUGAUAGCAAUCAAAUGGAUAUGCAUAUAGACAUUCCUAUUGAAGUUUCUCGUGUUCUCCCCAUUGAAUCCUCAAAUGAUGAAAAGCGUGCUAAAGGGGCACAACAAUGGCAGAAUACUAUAACGGGUGUGGGUCAAAGGUUCAACAGUGUACAUGAGUUUCGGGAAUCAUUGCGGAAAUAUGCAAUUGCUCACCAAUUUGCCUUUAAAUAUAAAAAAAAUGAUAGCCAUCGUGUGACUGUCAAAUGUAAAGCAGAAGGUUGCCUUUGGAGAAUCCAUGCGUCAAGAUUGUCAACUACUCAGUUGAUAUGUAUCAAGAAAAUGCAUCCAACUCAUACUUGUGAAGGGGCUGUGGGAACGACAGGGCAUCAAGCAACUAGGAGUUGGGUGGCCAGUAUAAUAAAGGAGAAACUGAAAGCUUAUCCUAACUAUAAGCCCAAGGAUAUUGUUAAUGACAUCAAACAAGAAUAUGGAAUUCAGCUUAACUACUUCCAGGCUUGGCGGGGGAAGGAGAUUGCAAGGGAGCAGCUUCAGGGUUCAUAUAAAGCAGCAUAUAGUCAGUUACCUUUCUUUUGUGAGAAAAUAAUGGAGGCCAAUCCCGGAAGUCUAGCUUUGUACACUACAAAGGAAGACUCGAGCUUCCAUCGUCUCUUUCUAUCAUUUCAUGCUUCUUUGCAUGGUUUCCAACAGGGUUGCCGACCGUUGAUUUUCCUUGAUAGCAUUCCAUUGAAGUCAAAAUACCAAGGAACCUUGUUAGCAGCAACAGCUGCCGAUGCUGAUGAUGGUGUAUUCCCUGUUGCUUUUGCCAUUGUUGAUGCUGAAUCUGAUGAUAACUGGCAUUGGUUUUUACUUCAGCUCCAAUCAGUGCUGUCAACAUCUUGUCCCAUAACGUUUGUUGCAGGCAGUGAGCACAGGCUAAAAGAUUCAAUUGCCGAGAUAUUUGAAGGCUCGUUUCAUGGAUACUGCCUCCGAUACUUAACUGAGCAACUAUUUAGAGACUUGAAAGGACAGUUUUCUCAUGAGAUAAAACGGUUAAUGGUCGAGGAUUUAUAUGCUGCUGCUUAUGCAGCCAAACCUGAAGGCUUCCAAACCAGUUUGGAUAACAUUAAAAGUAUUUCUGUAGAUGCUUAUAAUUGGAUUGUGCAAAGUGGACCUGAGAAUUGGGCGAAUUCAUUUUUUCAGGGUACUAGGUAUAAUCACAUGACAUCAAACUUUGGUGAACUGUUCUAUAGUUGGGCUUCAGAUGCAGAUGAAUUACCAAUAACACAGAUGGUUGAUGUGAUAAGAAGUAAGAUCAUGGAGUUGAUUGUUGCCAGAAGAGAAGCAUCUGAUCAAUGGGUGACUAGGCUGACUCCAUCCAUGGAGGAAAAGCUUAGUGCGGAAAGCCGGAAAGCUCAUUCACUUCAAUUUGUAUUAUGUGGCAGCAGCACGUAUGAAGUUUGCGGUGACACCAAUGAGGUGGUCGAUCUUGACCGAUGGGAAUGUAGUUGUAAAGCCUGGCAGCUGACUGGUAUACCAUGCUGCCAUGCUAUUGCUGUUAUCAGCGGUGUCAACCGGAGUGUGUAUGAUUUCUGCUCUAGAUUUUUCACAAGCGAGAUAUACAGAUUGACUUAUUCAGAGGCUGUGCUGCCAAUUCAAUAUGUAGAUGCGCCUGCUGCAAAAGAUUCUCAGCUUUUGGUAACAGUUACACCCCCUUCUACCCGACGACCACCAGGCCGACCGGCAACAAAGCGAUAUGGCUCUGAAGAUGUAGUCAAGCGCCAACUCCAAUGCAGCCGAUGCAAAGGAUUAGGGCACAACAAGUCCACUUGCAAGGAGCAAUCAUAGUGUUAGAUACCCUAGGUGUAGAGAAGAUUCGGUCUUGUAUCUAGUUCACUGCCCUUACUGUCUUUCACUCUACUCUAUUGAGAAUUAAUUUAACUAUUUUUCUUCUAAUUUUCUUGACAGAGUUUCAGCACAUUAUGGGCGGCACAGGGAACUCUUGAAUGGACUGCAAAAAAUAAAUUGUUCAAUGAAAUAAGGGAAACAUACUAGUUUUAUGGUAGCCAAAACUAGCCAUGAUUCUUUCUGCGGUA